AAUAAACCCUAAUCCUAAUCCUCUGAUAGGUCGGUUCGACAUGGAGAAGACGCUAGCUAAGAAGCGUAAGCUCGCGCUUGAGCAGCAGCAGUUGCAGCUGGCUUUGCCCACCGGCAACUACGUCGCGGAUCAGGAUGAUCCCGUUCCUUUUGAUGGUGGCGAUAAGGAAUCCAUUGUCUCCACCUCUUCGCCUGAUCAGAUUUGCAGCCUUCUUAUGCCUUUCGACAAGGAUCAGCUCAUCGGCUUCCUCAUCGAUGCUAUCGCCGACGAUGCGUCUUUCCUCGCCAACAUCUGCGCCGUGGCUGACCAGAACGUCUCCCACCGCAAUGUCUUCGUCCAUGGAAUCGGCUGGGACACCACCCGCGAGACCCUGAUACAUGCCUUUGAGCCAUUUGGCGCCGUCGAGGACUGCAAUGUAGUCGUAGAUAAGACCACCGGCCGUUGCAAGGGCUAUGCCUUCGUCCUCUUUCGCACCCGUGCCGGAGCCAUCAAUGCCCUCAAGGAACCCGAGAAGAAGAUAAAGAACCGCCUAACCCAUUGCCAGCUCGCGUCCAUCGGCCCUCCCGCUGCUUCCAGCGGAGGGGACACUUCCGGGCGGAAGGUUUACAUCAGCAACGUCCACACGGACGCCGCUCCUGAUAAGCUCAAGGCGUUCUUCUCCCAGUUCGGGGAGAUUGAGACGGGCCCUUUUGGCUUUGAUAUGAUCACAGGUAAAUCGAGGGGAUACGCCAUCUUUGUUUAUAAAACCCUUGAAGGGGCGAGGAGAGCACUCGAGGAACCACACAAGGUAUUUGAGGGUCACCAGCUGCACUGUCGACUGGCUAUCGAGCAUGGACAGCAGAAGGGAAAGGCACCGGCUUUAGCUCUCAAUCCCACAGUUGCUUCUUCUGCUCCGGCUGCAACGCCGCAAUCUGUACUGGCAGCCGUGGCUGCUGCACAGAACAUUGCUCUGUACAACCAGAACCCUGCAGCAUACAGUUUUCUUCUAGGACAAAACCCAAUUUUAGCUGCCGCUGUACUUAAUCCGACAGUUGCUGCUGCUGCUGCUCAGAAUCCCACAGUUGGUUUGCUUGCAUCUCAGAGUCAACAGAUAGGAGUAGCAACAACGGGGAGCGGAGCCUCUUCAUUUGUGGGUGAUUACAAUUCUCAAGCGUUGGCAGAUCUUCAGGUUUUACAAUCAUAUAAAGCCUUGAUGUUUGGGCAGGCAUCAUCCAUGGGUCCUAGCAACUCGUCUGGAGGAUUUUCUUGACACUUAUGAUGCAAGGAGAAAUAUCCACCAGAGAGGUUCAACAUUUACAAAAUUUCCACUGGUGUCUUCAUGGCUGAUGUUAUUUUGAAUGUCUUUUGGUUGAACAUUGGUGCCUUUAGUUCUGUGAAACUUGAGUUUUCUUAUUUUCCAGUAUCGCUCAACUAUUUUGUUUUUUCUACAACUGAUAUUUAAGCAUUUGCCAGACAGUAUUCUAUCUUGAAAUUGCUAAUGCUAUAUUUUGUUUUUAAAUUUUCC